CCAAUUCUCGAUCUCCCUUCGAGGCUCGCUCACUUCGUCCAAAUCGUCGCACAAGGAGAAGAACACAAGGACGCUAAUUGGGUCGCGAGAGAUGGGAGGGCAAGAGAACGUGAAGCAUCUCGAAGAAUGCUCGGUCUCCAAUGCAUUGGGCACUUGGGUGUUCUCAGUAGCAGGAGCUCUCUUAGCGAUUCCAGUGGGGAUAAAACGGAAGUCUCUGGCGCCUCUCGUGUUCUUCGGGACAACAGGCACCAUGAUCGACAUCAUCAUGGGAAUCAGCGCGUGCGAAAGGGAGCAUGCCGAACGGCAAAUGCAGCUUUUAGAAGCCCAGAAUGCUGCGGCCGACCCCAAUUUGGUGGAGACUUCAAAAGAAUCUUGAUCGCAACUUUUUUUCUUCCACCAUGAGCCCGUUCUGGAUCUGUAUGGUUUUGUAGCUUUCUUGGGAGCACUUCGUGGAUUGGACGUUUGAGAUGUUGUGAUGUCAGUUCACUCCA